CAUAUUUAUAAACUAAUAAAUAAUAAUUAUUUUUAUAUACAUGGAUGAGAAUGAGAUUCCCAUCAUGCAAAAACCGAAAGCUUAAAAAAAAGGGGGAGAGAGAGAGAGAAAGAGAAAGAGAAAGAAAGAAAGAAAGGGGGAGAGAGAUAGAAAUUGGGAAAUUCGGAAGAAUCGAAACUUUAGCGUAAUGUGAAUUAGGGUUUUUCUUUUAUUUUUUUAUUUUUUGAUUUGGGAAAUUUUAGGCAGAGAUCGGGUCUCGCCGAAAUUUCCGGGAGCGAAAAAAUCGGGUCGGAUUUUGAUUUACUCAAAGGUAAUAGUUUUGUGGACUGCACUUCUCUCACAAAUGGUGUUUAGAGAUUCACUUAAGGAGACAAAGAUGAAUGUAGAAGGGGCAGAAUAUGAAUCACCCGUAACGGCUGGUUUGCAAGGUCAUGUCUCAUUGCAGCCUCCAAUGUCUUUCAAUCACGACUUGAGAGUUUCACAAGAUGAUUGGCAUCUAUUGGCUUAUAUUCUCUUGGCUAAUAAAACUAACAUGAAAGGUGUGGGGCAAGGUUUGCUGGACAAGGAAGUGCGUGCUUUAACUUUGGGCUAUAUAGGACUAAAUGGAAAGAAACCUUUAAUUGUGGCAAGGUCUGGAGAAAGUCAUGAUGGACAAGCAUCUGACAACAGUCUUCUACCAGGACUUAAUGAUGACAUGGCUCUGGACAUUCUGGCGCGGAGCAGCAGAUCUGAUUACCCAAAUCUGGCUUGUUUAAACAAAAGAUUUAGGUCACUGAUUGGCAGUGGAUAUUUAUAUAAACUGAGAUGCCAGCUUGGCGUAAUUGAACACUGGGUUUAUUUAGCCUGUAACAUGAUGCCUUGGGAAGCUUUUGAUCCUGUGACAGAGAAAUGGAUGAGACUACCUAGGAUUCCUUGUGACGAGUGUUUUAAUUAUGCUGAUAAGGAGUCUCUGGCAGUGGGGACUGAAUUACUUGUGUUUGGUCGUGAGUUGUCAGGAUUUGCUAUUUGGAUGUAUAGUUUGAUUACCCAUGAUUGGUCUAGAUGCCCCCUAAUGAAUUUGCCUCGAUGUUUGUUUGGUUCCAGCAGCCUUGGGGAGAUAGCCAUUGUAGCUGGGGGAAGUGAUAAGUAUGGCAAUGUAUUAAAAUCCGCUGAGCUCUACAAUUCUGAGCUGGGUACUUGGCAAACCUUACCAGAUAUGAACUUCCCACGGAAACUGUGUUCUGGUUUCUUUAUGGAUGGGAAAUUUUAUGUCAUUGGGGGCAUGUCAAGUCAUGUAGAUGGUUUGAAUUGUGGUGAAGAGUACAAUAUUGAGACAAGGUCAUGGAGGACGAUAGAAAAUAUGUAUUAUGGUAAUAAUGGCGGUGCAUUUCAUCCUGCUAUGCGCUCACCUCCUUUAGUUGCAGUUGUAAAUAAUCAGCUUUACGCUGCUGAUCAAGCAACAAAUGAAGUCAAGAAAUAUGACAAGAUUAAUAACUCAUGGAAUGUUGUGAAGAGACUACCUGUUAGGGCUGACUCUUCCAAUGGUUGGGGACUGGCAUUUAAAGCAUGUGGUAACAGUUUACUAGUAAUAGGAGCCGGAGGACAUGGAGGGCGUGAUGAUGGAGUAAUCAUUCUUCAUUCUUGGGAUCCAGAGCGUGGAAACAGGGAUGGACCAGAGUGGGAUGUGCUUGCUGUCAAGGAGCGAGCAGGUGCUUUUGUUUACAAUUGUGCAGUAAUGGGCUGUUAACGAUUCACUGCACAUCUUCAGUGCAGAUAUGGAUGUUGUGAAGACCAGCGAGCCUUUAUCAGUUAUGAUUUUUAUUUUCUCAGUAUCAUUUAUGUUAUUAUUGGUUUUUUGCAUUUAUGGUUCUUGAAAAGAAUAAUUAACCUCAAAUCAAUUUCUGAAAGUUUGGCAACUGAUUGUGUAGAUCUCAUUACCGAAAGCUUUAACCUCAUACCAAGUAAUGACUGUUGCCAUUUCUCUUGUACUUUGCAUUGAAUUCAUUUCUUUGAAUGUUACAAUAUUAAUUCUUCA